UUGCCGGGCUCAGCAGCGCCGGGGCCCCCCCGUGCUGAGCCAGGGCUUCGCCCGCUGACUCACCCCACGUGCGGGGCCGGUGCUGAGCCGGCAGAGCCACGGCCCGGGGGGGCACCGGGGCUGUUCCCCCCCUCCCCAGACCCCCACGGGGAUCUGCACGGUGCGGUCAGCCCCGGCCCAGAGCUUGUCCCAGGUGUGUGACCCCCCCUAGGGACAGCCCUGUCCCCCCAGAUUGCCCCAGCUGUGUCACCCCUUGGGGUCAGCCCUGUCCUCAUUCUUGUCCCAGCCGUGUGAUCCAUCCUGGUCCCCUCAUCAAGGGACAGCCCCAUAUCCCGUGCUCAUCCCAGGUGUGUCACCCUGUCCCCUGUGACCCCACAGCCCCCCUGACACCCCGUUCCUGUGCUCAUCCCCGUUGUGUCCCCCUGUCCCUGUGCUCAUCCCAGGUAUGUCACCCUGUCCCCUGUGGCCCCACAGCCCCCCUCUCACUGUGUCCCUGUGCUCAUCCCAGGUGUUCGACCCCCCCCCAGGGACAGCCCUGUCCCCACUCUCAUGCCAGACAUGUGACCCCCCCCUCAUCCCCCCCAGCCUUUCAUCCCAGCCUUUCAUCUCUGGUCGUCCCAGCAACACCCCAAAAGGUCCCAGGGGUUGCCAUGGCACCAAGGGAUGCUCCAAGCCCAGGACCCCCGCAGCCCCCUCCCAAAGUCUUGCCCCACCCUCAGAGCCUCAGGGGUGCCCCGUGCCGAUGGGGUGACAGGGACAGGGGUGGCAGUGCCAGGGGGUAGGAGGUGCCCCCACCCCGGGCGUGCUCUGCGCUCCCUCUCGCACAGCUGCACCAUGGCCAUCGGGGAGGAGCUGCGCAGCGGCCGCUUCUGGCGAGGGGUGCUGGCAGAGCUGGCGGCGACCCUCAUCUUCGUGGGGGUGGUCCUGGGGGCUUCGGCGGCCCCGGGGCCGCUGGCGCCGGCGCUGGCCGGGGGGUUGGCGGCCGGGGGGCUCGCCUGCAGCCUCGGGGGUCCCCAGGCCAACCCCGCGCUGACGCUGGCCCUGCUGUGCGCCCGCAAGCUGAGCGCCCUGCGCGGGGCCACGGGGGUCCUGGCCCAGUGCGCGGGGGCCACGCUGGCCUCGGCUGCUGCCCGUGCAGCGCUGCAGGACGACUCCGGCCUCGUCACCAGGGUGAGCGCCGUGGGGACAGCGGGGACGGCGCUGGCAUGGGAGACCUUCGCCACCUUCCAGCUGGCGCUGGCCGCCUUUGCCACCGCCGAGCAUGCGGCCCCGCAGGCCGGGCUGGCCCUGGGCAGCGCCGUGGCCGCCGGUGCCCUGGCCGCAGGGCCGUUCUCGGGGGGCAGCAUGAACCCUGCACGCUCGCUGGGGCCGGCCAUCGUCACCGGUGUCUGGGAUGAUCACUGGGUGUACUGGCUGGGGCCGGUGCUGGGUGCGGUGCUGGCCGGGCUCUCCUACGAGUUCAUCCUGGCGCCCGGAGCCUCCCGGGAGAAGCUGGGCGCCUGCCUCGCCUGCCGGGACGUGGCUCUGGUGGAGACCCCCAGCCUGUCCCCCUCCUCGGUGGCCCACGGCCCCCCGGCCCCUCCGACCGAGCAGCGGGAGCAGAGGACCCCCUGAACCCCCACCCGCUCCACCGCAGCCCCCCCCAGGAUCCUCCACACCCUGACACCGCAUCCUCGCCGCCGCCAGAACCUUCCGUGGGGCACCCGCAGGAUGCUCCGUGCCCCCUUCCCCUUUUACUGCCCUGUGGUGGGGGGAUUAAAGGCGCGUUGGGGUCGCAGGUGGGUGCGGAGUGAUGCUGUGAGGGGAUCCCGGGGAGGGGGUCUCCACCGCGGCAC